AUGUCGCUCUUCAACGCGCAACUGUACCCCGGCCGAGCGCUGGGCUUUCUAGUCCUCGGCGCCUCUCUCCACGAUGUCUUGACCCGCCUCAAAGCCGAACCCCAGCGCUUCCCCAAGCUCGAACUCCUCUACUCUCCCGAUCGCCCAGUCACCGAACCCGUCGGAAUAGAACUACCCACCAACGGCGUCCGUCUGCGAUUUGAUGGACCGGAGCAGCGCCUUCGCCUCAUCGAGGUUACAGACUUCACCAAGAAUCACAUCACCUUCAAGGACCGCGAUCUAGUCAAGCCUGUCAAUGGCGCAUCGGCUCCCGCAUCUCCAGUGCCGGGAGACUCCACAUCCGGGCCAACGUUUAGACACAUCUACCAUCGGCUUCUUGGUCCGACUUAUGCGGGCGAGUUCAUCCCUCCCGCCGCAGGCCAAGAACAUGGCAUCUACGUCUUGUCCUACCCAGGCGUUGCCUUUAACUUCUCCCUACCUGCUUCUGCGUACGACCCUGACAAGGACGUCGUUUCCAUUUUCUCAUCGGCGACGAGCCAGGUUGCAACCUCGAUGGCCAUAUUCAGCGGCGAUUCGUGGGCUGACGCUCGACCUACUCUGUGGACCGAGACCCUCCCCAGCAUCAAGUCCACCACUGUGAUACCUCGAGGCAAAGACGUGUACCCGGACGAGAUUUCUCUCAUUCGGCUACACGGUGGUGGAAAAGUGCAACUCUUCCGCAAGUGGACCAACAAUUCUUUCUGGGUCACCCUGGGGGAGACUACUCCUCAGGAGUUGCUUAUGGAAUUGGGUCCUCCCAACGCCAUCUACCGGAAGAACGAUCAGAAGAUGGUUAUCCAUAAAAUGCGCGCUCCCAGCAACACGCGAUCCCGCCCGAAUGCCACAGACAUAAGUCGCCCCGAGGACCUCACCGACACAGACCAAUCCUCAAUGAACACGGCGUCCGACGUGUCGGACGACGAAGAGGCCAUCGACGACCAAAUCGGGGCUGCCGCUACUGGCGAGUGCUUCUACAACUACUUCUAUUUAGGAUUCGACAUCCUCGUUUCUACUCGCGUCCCUCCGUCGCAACCACCCCCGGGCGCCAACCAGAGCGCCGAGACUAGAGGUGAGAACGGCAUCAAAUCGCAUUCCCCCGACCGUCUCGUCGCCACAAAGCUCGUCCUCCACGGAAACAUCCCCGGAUCAUAUGAAUUCAACCGCCACCGUCGCUGCCGAUGGGAGAUCGCAUACCUAGACCCCUCCAGCGACAACUCGAGCCCCGUACACUCGGAGACCAAGUUCCCCCAGAUCGAGGACCGCAUGAACGAGACCUGGGCCUCCGUCUUUCCCCACAGCGAGAGCCAACCCCGCCAGCGCGGCAUGGUCCUCAACCGCGGCUGGGGCGACAGCCCUGGGAGCAGUUGCGAGUUUCUCGGCGGCUGGGAGGAGAGCGGCGCGCGCCGUGCAGAGGCCAACGGCGACUCGACCACCACGCUCUAUGGAUUCCCCGGUAUGGUCUUUGAGGUUCUUAAGAACGGCCAUGUCAAUGCAGUAACGGCGUUUUAG